AUGGCAUCCUGUUCUCACUUGAGCUCCUGGUGCUCAGCCUCAGCCCCUUGUCGCAGAGCAGCCUCUUCCACCGUAUACCACGCAACGCUCCGGUCAUGCACCAUCCCGUACCCGGCCUCUUCAUCGUCGUCGUCGUCGUCGUCGCAGCUUCCGCAUCCUCGCCAUGCUGCUGCUACUAGACCCGACAGGCCACCCGCCUCCGCCCGACCAGCCGGGCCUUCCACCACCAAUACGCUGCAGCAUGCGCCACGGCGUCCGCCCGCAAUAGGCGUCCGUCCACGGCCACCAUCACCACCAUCACAGCCCCAUCCAUAUCCGACACGGCAUCAGAGUGCCUCCUACCACAGCGCCCCUUCGUACGACCCGCACCGCUCAUCCCACUCGGCUCGCCCGUCCCCGCCACCAGCGCCAGCCUCAUCCCAGCAUGCCAAUUUUCCAGACCCGUGGAUCGAUCCGCCAUGGCAAGUCCCAGGCGUCCCGCAGGAACCAGCCCAGUCAAAGCAGGUCGAAUCCGAGGAGGCGACCUCAUCAGCAGAUCAGGUCCCACUCGAUUCUCCAGGCCCCAGCGAGGAGGCUGCCAUCCCGCUCCUGCCCACCUCGUCCCAUCAGCCACCAGACCAACACCUCCUGAGCAUCCUGCAGGCAGGGUCGCUGCAAGAGUACAGGGCUGCCCGCUCAAAGUCGCAGCUAGACGGGAUGCACGCCUACCUCGGCCUCCGUCAGCGUGCCCCUCACCUUCUCUGCCACACCAGUGACUGGCAGCUCGUCAGGCUCUUCGACCGCGUCUCCAACGCGGGUCACUCGGGCAUCCUUCGCCUCCUCAUAGCCGACCUGCUCGGCGAUGACUUUCUCGCCGGCGGCGCACCUCAGCACGAUGGCGGCUUGUUCGGUGCCGCCGCCGGGACGCAGCGCCGUGCAACGGGGCUCAGGGCGCUGAUGCUGGCUGAAUCGCGCAUCCCUUCGUUGCGACUCGGCGAGGCAUCCUUGCGAGCCUUCAAGCUGCUGCUCAGCGACUGCCGUGCCCUGCGCAGCAGCGGCCCCGAGCAGGACGACGGCGGAACCGACGGCGAAGCGCUUGUCGUGCCCGACAACUUCCCCCUCGGCGAAGCGCACAGGCUGGUCAGGACCGUCCUCGAUGUCGGUUAUGGCGAUGACGUGCCCAUCCUCCAGGCGCUGCAGGGGUUUCUCGCAGAACGCACCCACGACUUCCCCACCCCCCACGAGGGCAGCAGCCUGAUCGGCUUCUACCUGUCCGAGCCCGUUCAGGACCCUCUCGCAGCGCUCGGCGUCGUCAGGAUGAUGCGCGAGACCGACGCCAUCGGGCACGACGCCCUGCUUCAGGCGCAGGAGGACGGUCAAGCUUGGCUCGCUCAUGCCCAGGAGAGGCUGCUGGGUCACAGCGACAACGUCGAGGCGGCGCCAGAAGAGUUGCGCAGGACAGCCCUCGAAAUCACUCUGCGGAUCGUCGGGCUCAGGGCGGCGACGACGCACAGACCCAUGAGCGAGCUCCAAGUCCGACGGGCCUUGGAGGCGCUGAUGGGCACGCUCAGGUCCGCCCCCGGCGACCGAGCCGGCCGGUCGUUUGGCUCGCCGACCGCCAUCGCCUCGAGGCAUCUCCGAGCCUCGCUCUUUCUCGUCCUCGCCCAGCCAGGUGUCGACGCCAUCCAUAGCGCCUGCUCGAUGCUGCAGCGCUGCGAUCGCCACGUGCUGGCCAUGCUCGAGGGCGACGACUUCGAGCGCUUUUGCGAGGCCGCCAUUUCGGCGGACAGGCCGGACUUGGCCGCGAGCGGCUUCAUGACCGUGCUCAAGGCCCGGUCGACGGUGCAGCGGGCGGAUCGCUGGCUCGGGCCUCUCGUCAGUCCACGGACGCUGCUCGCCAUGCUCCGGGUGCUGGCCAAGGGCACCAAGGGUCGGCCGAGCCAGCCGACGGUCGUCAACGGCCUGCUGCGCGGACUCGGCCUCUUGCCGCUGACGCCCGACAGCGUGGCUCGAUGGGACCAGAUGUACGCCAACGAAGACCGCAUCGAGGUGAUCUCGAUGCUCGCGGACGCGGACCUCCGCGAUCCGGCCUUGACUCUCUUCCAGAGGUGGGCUCGGAUCCAGUUUCCAAAGGCCGGAACCGGCCUCUUGUCUCGGCGGACGCAGCGGUUUUUCAAACUGCAUCGGCAGGCUUCGCGGCUGUCGCGGUACGAGACCUCGCCCGAGGCUAUCGAGGCCAGUGCGGUCGCCUGCUCCAACCGGUGCAUGAUCGACCUGGUACUGAUGUUGACCAGGGACGAGGUGUUCAAAGAGGCCUCGCGCGCCGACUCCGAAGACCCAGCGGUCAGAGCAAGGGCCGAGGAUGCGCAGCGCCAGCUCGAUGUCGCCCGGAUGGUCGUUGAGGCGUUCAAGAUCUCAAAGGAGACGACGGGCUCGUGGUCGCACUCCGACAUGACGUCGCUGGCCAAGGCGCACUUCCGCCUGCGAGACGCCCAGAGCGCGUUCGACGCCCUCUCGGCCUUAGUUCACGCGCGACGGCUGCCGGACGCAGUCGACAUCGCGGUGCUCCUCACCGGCCUCAUGGAGCUCGAUCCGGACCGCGCCUUCCAGCUGCUAACGACGCACGCGGGCGACGGACCCCCGAGCUCGCAGGUGAGCACCCAGCUCAAGCGCCUCGAAAUGGAACGCGAGGCCGCGGCGAGCGGAGGUCAAGACAUGGCCGAGGCGCAAGGCAAAGAGACCCAGGGUGGCACCCAGUCCUUCAUGCCGGCCACGUUCCGGCCCACGUCCAACAUCAUCGCCCAGCUUGUGUCGGCCGCGUCGAGGCAAAAGAGGUUCGACCUGGUGCGCAGACUGCUGCGGUUCGCCGAUGCGCACAAGAUGCUCGAGGGUGUCACUCUGCGAUCGUGGAAGGCGCUCAUGUCGCUCGACGCCAUGGCGCCGCGGGACAUGGUGCGCAAGUUGCAGUCGCUCGUGCGCGCUGGCUUCCGACCCGAUGGCGCGUUUCUCGACAACGUUGCGCGAGAGUGCAUGCGAAGCAGCAAGAUCGUCCUGCAGGCGCAGUCGCCCAGGACCAGCUCGAGCGCCGGGUCCGCUCCCGACCCUGCUCACCAGCUCAAGCUGCAAAGCGCCAAGGAGCGGGGCCUGGGCCUCGACGCGGCCUUGCGCGUGGUGCAGCUGUGCUACAAGGAGCUGGGAGUCGUCAACUUUGCCACCGUCGGCCGGCUCCUCAAAGGCAUGCGCGCCGAGGCACGCCGGAUCUUUCCCACGGCCACCGAUGCGAUCCGGACGGGUGCGUGGACGCCCUCCCGGCGAAACGAGCUGGCUGGCGAGUGGGUCGCGAGGCUGGACCGCCUCGUGGCUGCGCUGCGCUGGACGCCGCUGUUUGACCGGGGCGGCGACCUGCGACUCGGUCUGCCGCUGUGGAAGAGCACGUCGGGGCGAGACGGCAAGCUGACCAUGUACAACGUGAGCGACAUGAUCGACGCCGCCAAGCGCGAGCAGGACGGCUUCCGCAAGUACAGCCGCCGCCGCCGCCAGGUCUCGGAGUCCACGGUCGGUGAUGACCUUGGCAGCAGCAGCAGUUCCAGCGACGCCAACCUCGACAGCUCGGCGACAGAGGGAUCCGACUCUUCGUCACGCGACAGCGACUCGGCGCCGGUCGGUGGCCAAGCAGUCGAAGUCGUCGACGAGGAUCCGGUGCCAGUGCGCCGGCCCAAUGUGCUUCCGCUGGGAGUCUUUCGCGACCUGAUGCAGACGUACAUCAGCCUGGGCGACUACGAGGGAGCUGCCGAGGUGGCGGCGUGGAUGCGCGACGAGGCCCAGGCCGACGUGGCGGCCACGAUCGAGGAGCAGGACACGUUUGUCGAGCACAUCCGCGAGCUGCUGCGCAACGGCAGCGGGUGUGCGGCCGAGGAGCGGGCCAAGGCGCAGCGCCAGCAGCGCUCGGUGCUCGAGAUGCUGGCCGGCAAGCGCGAAGUGGCGCGCAAGAAGAGUUGGUGGAACAACGACCAGGCUCACUAG